AUGGGCGGGAAGAGUCAGGCCAGAAUCCAGAGCUUCUUCAGGAAGCGAAAACACGUUUCCGCGGACGCCGAUGACAACCCAUCUUUUGGAGAGCUAGCCACUGAAGGGGAAGUACGAUAUCCUGUUAUUGACUUGGAGGAAGAGGCCAUGCCGUUAAUUGAGUCGGAGAUACAGAUAUCUGGGACCUCGAACUUCUCUCCGGUCAGGAUAGGUGGCAGAAUAGCGGCAUCGGGGAGGCCGAAAAAGCAGUACAAACGCACGCGGAAGUACGAUGCGAGCUAUCUCAGAUUCGGAUUCAUUCAAGAGCCCGGUAGCGAAUUCGAGCCUAGGCCGCUGUGCAUUGUUUGUUCGGAGUGCCUAUCGAAUGAAGGAAUGAAGCCGUCCAAACUUCAGAGGCACCGAGAUUUGAAACAUCCCGAUCUGGCUUGCAAACCGUUGGAGUACUUUCAGAGAAUGCGAGACGAACUCAAGCAGCAACAGAAUUCAAUGAGAAAUAUGACCCUUGGUGACAAUAACUCCCAGAUGAGAGCCUCCAUCCUACUGGCGAGUCAGGAGGUGAUCGGACACGACGCUUACCAGAAACUCAGAGGUAUCUCCCUGUCGCGCAACACGGUGAAACGGAGAAUCGAGCACAUGGCCGAUAACAUCCAAGAUCAAAUUAUCGAUUUGGUCAAGAAGUCGACAUUCCACUCGAUCCAGAUCGACGAGUCAACAGAUCUGACGAAUAAAGCCGUAUUGGUCUGUUUCGUCAAGGUCGAACACGACGGAGAACUCUUGGAGGAACUUCUCUGCUCUGUGGAACUGCCGGGUCGGACAACUGGCUCCGAAAUAUUCCGAGUCCUUGACGGCUUUUUCGAAGAUCAUAGCAUACCGUGGAAGAACUGCAUUGGGGUAUGCACGGACGGAGCCGCUAAUAUGACAGGACGUCUGAUGGGUUUCACAGCAAGAGUCAAGAAGGUCGGACACCCCAACUUGCUGAGCACCCAUUGCAUCAUACAUAGGGAACAACUGGUUGCGAAACGACUCUCUCCACAAUUGCACAGCGUUUUGUCUGAUGUGGUCCGCAUUGUGAACGAGAUUCGUUGCAAACCAUUGAAUUCGCGUAUCUUCGAAGCUCUCUGUGAGGAAAUGGGUUCUCAGUUUUCCCAUCUCCUCUUGCAUGCAGAAGUCAGGUGGUUGUCUCGUGGGAGAGUUCUCAAUCGACUUCUUUCUUUGUUGCAAGAAGUUAAGGUAUUUUUCCAGCAGCAGAACAAUUCGACGUUCCUUGCUAUCAUGUCCGAUGUAGAUUGGAAAGCCAAACUAUCAUACUUGGCCGAUAUUUUCUCUCAUUUGAAUGAGCUGAAUUUAUCCUUACAAGGGAAGCAUUGCGAUAUGUUCACGCUGCGAGCGAAGAUUGACGGCUUCCGUAAAAAACUAGUUCUUUGGCACGCCGCAGUCUCAGAGAAAGAUUUUCCGAUGUUUCCUAAUUUCGAUGAGUUCUCGAAGCAGAAUCACCUCAGCGAGGGAGUGGUCGUAAUCGUCCGGGAGCAUUUACAAACCCUCAUGGAUUUGUUCGGUAAAUACUACCCGGAGCAAGAAGAUCCCAGAAAUGGCAGUCUCUGGAUUCUGGAUCCGUUCACCGCGAAAAUUGACGACACGAAUUUGUGCAUGAAAGGGAAAGAAAGCUUGCUGGAUCUCGCUUCAGAUGCGAGCCUGCAGAUGAAGUUCCACGCUUCGUUGUCGAGAGCUCAUUUUUGGCUCGGAGUUGGACAAGAAUACCCGAUGCUGAGCGCGGAAGCGAUGAAGAUUUUGGUGCAAUUCUCCACAACUUACCUCUGCGAGAAAACGUUUUCAUCUGUCACUGCCAUCAAGACUAGAUAUCGGACUUCCCUCGAGAUGCACGCGGAACUUCGACUAGGAGUUACGAAUCUAGCGCCUCAGAUCGACGCGAUCUUGUCGUCGAAGCAAGCACAGGUAUCGCACUAA